AUGAAGGCUGGCCUAGCCCUCUCGACCCUCCUCCUCCCCUUUGGAGCCUAUGCUUGCGGCGGUCAUGGCGAAGUGAGAGAAUGGAGCCAAGAAGAAAUCGACGUGCUCGAGGAGAAAUGGGGAACAGACUGGUCGUUCUCCGGCAUCUCAACAUUUGCACAUCUCCCUCACGUGCGAUGCCUCACCACCCCCAGCGAAGUCUAUGAUGUCGCCAUCCUCGGCGCCCCCUUCGACACAGCUGUAUCCUACCGGCCCGGCGCGCGUUUUGGCCCCCGCGCCAUCCGUGCUGCCUCCGCCCGCCAGACCAGCUUCCGCGGCUUCAACGCCCGCGCCAACAUCAACCCCUACGCCUCGUGGGCCAAGAUCAUCGACUGCGGCGACAUCCCCGUCGUCCCCAUGGACAACGCCCUCGCCCUGGAGCAGAUGACCAUCGCCUUCACCGAGCUGGGCCAGCGCCCCGCCGUCUCCCCCGUCCUCAACAAGCCCAAGCUCAUCACCCUCGGCGGCGACCACAGCCUCGCCCUCGCCGCCCUCCGCGCCCUCAAGGAGUCGUACGGCGCGCCUCUCCGCGUCGUCCACUUCGACGCCCACCUCGACACCUGGCACCCGGCCAAGUACCCCUCCGCCUGGUCCAGCAAGCAGACGCACUUCAACCACGGCAGCAUGUUCUGGCUCGCCGGCCAGGAGGGGCUCAUCGCCAACUCCUCGUCUCAGCCCUCCCUGCACGCCGGCCUCCGCUCGAGGCUGUCCGGCAGCGAGUACCCCAACUCGGACUACCUCGAUGACGACGCCCAGAACUGGGUGCGCAUUGCCGCCGAUGAGAUUGACGAGAUUGGGCCCAGUGCCGUUGCUGCGCGCAUCAUGAAGACUAUCGGUACCGAGGAUCCCGUCUACCUCAGCGUGGAUAUUGAUGUCUUGGAUCCCGCUUUUGCCCCUGGUACUGGCACCCCUGAGCCUGGUGGCUGGACGACCCGAGAGUUCAUCCGCAUUCUGCGGGGAAUCGAGGGUCUGAAUGUCGUCGGUGCCGAUAUAGUUGAAGUCUCGCCUAGCUACGAUGGGAGGGGCGAAGAGACAGCUUUGGCUGGAGCCCAAGUAGCCUACGAGAUCCUGACCAGCAUUAUCAAGAAGGGUUUGGAGAAGCCGGCCAAGGUUGACGAGGCCAAGACCAAUGAGGCAAAGGACGAACUGUAA